UAAACUAUUGUUUAUCAUGUCCUUUGUCAGAAAUAGUGUAUCAAGAAGAAAGAAAGAUGAAAAUAAGUGAGCAAGUGAUUUGGAAGAAAUUGGUAUCAAGUUUUAAAUGAGUGUAGAGGAGAUUUUUGAUGGAAAAAGUCAAUAUAACCUCAGAUUUUGUUCUUCUGGGCUUCUCAGACCUUAACUACAACCAUGCUGCUUUCUUCUCCAUCAUCCUGGUUAUGUACACCCUCACAUGGAUUGCUAACUUACUUUUAAUAAGUUCUAUUAAACAUUCUCCGCAGUUGCACACGCCAAUGUACUUUUUCUUAGGGAACCUGUCUGCGUUGGACAUCUCUUUCUCUACAGUGACGGUUCCCAAGCUUCUGUCCAACAUUCUUCAUGGAGGAACCUCCAUCUCCUUCCAUGGCUGUUUCCUGCAGAUGUUUUUCUUCAUUCUUCUGGGCUCCACUGAGAGCCUUCUUCUGUCAGUCAUGGCGUUUGAUCGAUUUUUGGCUAUUUGUUACCCCUUACGCUACACAUUAAUAAUGAAUGAUAAACUUUUGUUCAUACUGAAUGGUAGUUGUUGGGUGGCAGGAUUUCUACAUUCAUUAUUGCACACUUAUAAUGUGUCACAAUUAACCUACUGUGAGGACAGACUGAUCCCCCACUUCCUCUGUGAUGCCACACCCCUCAUUGGACUGUCCUGCUCCAGCACUGCGCUAGAAGAACUCUUUAUUUUCACAGAAGGUUCUAUUGUUGUUACUAUUCCAUUUAUUUUUGUACUCAUCUCCUAUUGGCUUAUUGCAAGGGCUAUCUUGAAAAUGAAAAACAGAAGCAGCCGCAGCAAAGCCUUUUCCUCCUGUUCUUCUCAUCUCAUUGUGACUUGCCUGUUUUAUGGCACCAUUAUUUUUAUUUACUUCCGCCCCUCAUCAGACUACUCCUCCCAGUAUGAUCGCAUUGUUAGCAUGGCUUACACCAUCAUUACACCUAUGCUGAAUGCUUUUAUUUACAGCCUAAGGAACAAAGAUGUGAAACGGGCCUUGAAAAAACUCAUAAUACAAUGCUUUUCAAUUAAAUAACCCUUCAGCUCGUGUUUUGCUCAUUCCUUUGUAAGAUGGACUCUGCAGAUGGAUGUAUUUGCAGAUGUAGCUCUCACCCACAGAGGGACCACUGAGAAUAUACCCAGGUCCCCUUUGCUAGUACAGAGGUUGCACACUCUGAUGAAAACCAACAAUACAGGCUCAAUCUAGGGGAUGUCUUUUUUAGAAGAGGGGUUCAAGGGUUCAGGAUACUCAAAAACGAUAGCAGGAGUAACAGGAGGACAGCCUUUCACUAAUGUUCUCUAAGUAGCCAUUCCUGGAGGUAACAGGGAUGGCCAGUUAUCUAGGACUCUAUAAAAGCAGUCCUGGUCCACAUAGUAUCCUCUAAAAAGUAGUUCCCUCCUAGCACUUGCACCCCCAAGAGACCACAGCAAGGUCUUUACUCACAAUGUCCCAGGAGCUGUCUACCACCUAGCAGCCACAGGUAGUUCCUCACAGAAUAAUCCUUUAGCAAUUGUGACAGACUCUCCUGGGACAGGGGCUUUUGGAGGACACUGAAUGCUAGCCUCUUGCUUUGCAAUCAUGGGCCCUGGCAU